AAUCAAAUGGUUAACUGUUUGAUCAAUUGGUUGUUUAUACAGUUUAAUUGUUAUCAUUAAUGAUGCUGAUUGAUUUUGGUAAUUAGCUCGUAGAUACAAUUAUUUUUUCACAAAUUAACAGUUAAUUUAUUGGUUAGUUCAUUUAAUUUGUGUCCAUUUGCCUUUACAAUUUAAAUAUCGAUAUGAGGUUGAUAGUAAUUUGUGUAUUUCUAAUACAAUUAACAUCAGUUUAUGGAAUGUUUUUUGAUUGUUACGACUUUUGGCCUUGGAACUUCAUGGGAUUUUGCCAUACAUAUCCGUCAUUUCGAGUGACGACAAAAAUUAUGUCAAAGGCAUCAAAUUCAACGAAAACUGGGUUGGACGAUUCCUCUAAAAGUAACAACACAACAAUCGAAGUAAAUUCAACAACUGAACUACCAACCACUGGGUCGACAACAGUUCAACCAACCACAGAGACGAUAACAACAACAUUAAUAAUAAUGACAACCGAGCUAAUGAAUAACUCAGUCACUACACCGCAAACCACCACCAAGACUGAAGCGACAACAACAUCGACCACCAUUACAGUGCCAACUACGACUACUACUGCUACCCCAGAACCAACUUUCAUCUCAAUCACAACCGAAACGGCAACAACUAUGGCCUCAACUCUUGAAACAACGACACAACCUUCAUUCAUUACAGAAGCUCCCAAUACAUUGAUAACAAGAUAUGAAGAUGUACCAAAUGUUUGGCCUUCAAGAAAAUUCAGUAACAAAUUCAAAGAUAUUCAGAUAGAAAAUCCUCCAUCAGAACCAGAUUCAGUACCUACGGACCAGGAUUCACCUCUGGAUGAGCCAAAUAAUCUUGUUACGGAUAAUCCAAAUAAAUGGCGUGGCUUCGGUGGAUUUGGACCUGAAAUCGAUCAUGAUGACGACGAAGAUUUCAAACCAAUAAAAUCAGUUGACAAGAAUAAAAAUUUUCCGAUCAACUAUAAAAAUCGGUUCUCUAAAUAACCAAGUUAACGGUAAUCAACGGCCAUUUAAAUCAAGGGGUUAAAUAUUAAUACACUACCGUAAUUAACUAAUCAUUUAUUUACUUGAACGUUUAGCUUUUCAAGUUUACAAUUAAUGAUUCAAGUUAUAUGAUUAUUUUCUAACAAUAAUAAUAAUGCUAAUUGUUUUCCUAGAAUAUGAAACAAUUAAGAACAUAUCAAAAAUUAGACUAAAUUAAAAAUUAUCGAUCAUAUUUGAGACAAUUAACAUAAUUAGUUGAUUAAUCAAUAUGAUUUUUCUUGUUUGUAAA